AUGAGAGGCCAGGUUUUGUUGCCUGUAUUAGGGGCCAUUGGGGGGGUUGUAGAAGCUAUGCGGGUGCAGAAGGCUUUUGAGAGUAACGAGAUGUUUCAGAAAGCCGUUAACUCCUUGGGGAUUAGCCAAAAGGAUGUUGACGCUAUCCCUGAAAAUUUGAAGGAGGUUUGGUCAGAGAUGUCUAAUUUGUUUCCUGAGGAUACGGCGAAGUUGCAGUUUGUGUCAAAGCCCCGGUCCAACGUACGUACGCGAGACGACUGGGAUUUCCACGUGACUUCUAAGAAAGUUGAGAGUUACAAGUUGAGGGCUCGUGCUUUGAAGGACCCUGCCAAGUUGGGUAUAGACCCAGGGGUGAAGCAGUAUUCGGGGUACUUGGAUGUUGAAGAGGGCGAUAAGCACUUUUUCUUCUACUUUCUUGAGUCACGCAAUGACCCCAAGAACGAUCCUGUUGUUUUGUGGUUGAACGGUGGCCCCGGGUGUUCGUCUUUGACUGGAUUGUUUUUUGAAUUGGGACCUUCGUCUGUUGGUAAAGACCUAAAGCCUAUUAAAAAUCCUUAUUCUUGGAAUAACAAUGCAUCUGUGAUUUUCUUGGAUCAGCCUGUUAAUGCUGGAUAUUCGUAUUCGUCUUCCGCUGUGUCGAACACUGUGGCUGCCUCUAAGGAUGUAUAUGCAUUCUUGCAGUUAUUCUUUGAGCAGUUCCCUGAAUAUCAAUCUGGGCAGGAGUUCCACAUCGCCGGUGAGUCUUAUGCAGGCCACUAUAUCCCCGCAUUCGCAUCCGAGAUCUUGUCUCAUCCAGUUGAGAAACGUUCAUUUGAAUUGUCUUCGGUACUUAUUGGUAACGGUCUAACAGAUCCCUUAACUCAGUAUGGAUACUACGAACCUAUGGCUUGCGGUAGAGGUGAUGCACCUGCGGUUUUGAAUGACGAAGAGUGCAGUACGAUGAACAACACGUUACCACGUUGCUUAAACCUCAUUCGUACUUGUUACAGUCUGCAGAAUGUAUGGUCUUGUGUUCCCGCAUCUGUUUACUGUAACAACGUUCAAUUGAACCCAUUCCAGCAGUCUGGUACAAAUGUCUACGAUGUCAGAAAGCCUUGUGAGGGCGAGCUAUGCUACGGCGACUUGAAAUACAUGUCUCAGUACUUGAACUUGCCUGAGGUUAAAGAAGCCCUUGGAGCUGAGGUUGACAAUUUCGAGUCCUGUAAUUUUGACAUCAAUAGGAACUUUUUGUUGAAUGGUGACUGGAUGAAGCCUUAUCACCAUCAUGUCUCCGAAUUGUUAGACAAAGAUUUGCCUGUCUUGAUCUACGCCGGUGAUAAGGACUUUAUCUGCAACUGGUUAGGGAACCAAGCGUGGACUAAUAUUCUCCCAUGGAAAUAUUCCAACGAAUUCCUUGGAUCUCCUAUCCGUAAAUGGGAUGGUCCAUCUGGAGAACAGGCCGGUGAAGUUAAGAAUUUCAAACACUUUACCUACUUGAGAGUCUUUGACGCUGGACACAUGGUCCCAUAUGAUGUUCCAGAAAAUGCCUUGAGUAUGCUAAACACAUGGCUUUCGGGGGAUCACUCUUUUUAG